GAAUCCAAAAUAUUUACACUGCUCGAGAGAAAAGCGUUUGAUCAUCAUUAAUCUUGAAAAUUAUUGCACUAACAAAAUUAAAUGUAAUGCAUAUAUUCUUUACGUGAAAGGUGCAGCGUUUGUCAUGAGGUCAUCGCGGAGGACUUCGGAAAGUAUCCGACUUUAGCCGGAAUAUAGGAUCUCGGCGUGCCUCGGCUUUGAAGUAGCUGCGACGGCGAGCAAACAUGCUCCGCUCCAAACAGAAAUAACAGUGAAUCAAAGCUAUUCGGAUCAUCAAAAAGGAUACCGAAAAGAGCGACGUCUGUAUAAAGAAAACACGUCGAGGAUGUCCUGACAGUGGAAUCAUCGACAUCACAGAAUUGAAAGUGUCCAACCAAAUGUGCGUGCGUGCGAAUUAGAGUAGUAAUUACACCCAGGAUACCGCAAUUCCGCAUUUUCGUAAUUAAAAUAGAUAGAGUUUUGAAAACAUGUAUCCGAGCACGUUCAUCCAGUUCGAGCAGUACAAUAACGCCUACCCGAAUUUAAAAUACGAACAACCUCCGUCCGCUGUCAAUGGUUACGGUUGGCAUGGAAAUGGUUACGGAUGGCAGGUGGACCCAUCGCAAUGGAAGACGGCCAGCAUCUAUCCGACCCUGGAUGAAGGUGCAGCCGAAGAGGAGGAAAUCGAGGCCAUCGAGGAACCGGUGAUAGAGGCGAAGAAAGUUGAAAAAAUCGAAUCGAGUAGCACUUAUGGAAACCAGUCUCUUCCACCAAAAAUACUUGACGCACACGACCAUCAUGCACUUAACACUAAGUACUACAGGGUAUGUUCUUUUACUCUUAAAAUAUAGAAUGUAUUAUUGGCU